CGCCCGUGCCCCCCUGCGCGGAAAACAUCGCAACUUCACCGAGUCAAUCUAACUCAGUCAAUAUAGGUAUCCCAACUGUGUUCAACAUACAUUUUUUUUAAAUUAAGUAACACUUUUAAAAGUUUAAAUAUGUUUGAAAGGUGGUGUGUGGUGUAUAAAUAAGUGAUUACUUUCAUACUGUGUGAAUUAAUGUUAAGUGACAGGUGCAAAUAAUUGUCUUGCCCCAACUUAGGUCGGCUGUCUCGAAAGGAAGUUUCAUCUUGAGCAUUCACGCCGGCCGGACGGUGCCUUCGAAAAUAGUAGCGGCGCUCUGCAUAUUUUCGACAAACUUUUGGAAUGGAUGAACGGGAGCACGAUGAAAGAUAACCCGCUACCAUGACAGUUGACACGAUAAAAUGGAGAUGAAGAAGCAAGACAAACCUGGCAGCUUGUCGCCAUUGAAGCCAACAUUAAGGCUCGACAGCAGCGAAGAGAGGACCUCUCGCUCUGGCAGCAAAGCGGAGAAAGAGCUCAAGCUACCACCAGAAAAGUCACCCGACGAGGGCGGCGGCAAGAAAGAAAGACGGCUGUCCAAAGCUAGUGAUAGUUCCCGAGAGACUUUUGAAAGGCAAGACUCAAAACAGUCGUCGAUCACAAGUCCAAAAGUCUCUCGGAAGUACUUUACGAACUGGAAGCAGGCGUGCGACAAGACCAAAGACAAGACGAAAGAGUUGCUGAAGCGGUGGCGGACGCUGCCCGAGGCCGAGGUGCCGGAGGACGAGAUGCAGGCUGCGGCCAACCAGGACGAGGAGGAGGAACACCGAGGCUGGAGCGUGCAUGUCUGGACGACGUGGGUCAACCGCUUCAGCGAAGACCUGGGAUGCUUGGAGCUGGAGGAUGAGCAGCCGCUGGCCCAGCUCAGCUCCGUGCAGACCGACAAACUCACGCUCUUCUUCACGGAGCUACUCGACCACGACAGGGAUGACGUCAUCUGCAAUCAGGACUUCGACCCCUUCUUUGAGAAGCUCGCUCACUUCGCCGACUGGUCGGUCGACUCGUCCGAGUUCCACAUCAUGCUGGAAGUGAAGCGGGAGUUCAUAGAGCAGUUCAUCAACCCGCUGCCUCCCAAAUACGGCGAGUUGCCCUACUACAAGCGGGUGUGCGGGCCCGAGGCCGGAGGGUACCCGGGCCGGACCACGCUGGAAGGCUGGCUGGCGAGGUGGGCGCUACUCCUGAGUCGGUACCGCCGCUUCUCCGACUUGCCACUGUACCUGCAGUACCUGUGCAAGAUACUAUUCCACGUCGUAGACAGAACCAGUACUGGCGAGAUAACGAAGGCGGCACUCGCGGCGUUCUACCGCUCGGUGAUCGGGCUCAGCGCACAGCGCGUCGAGGAAAUCAUCGACACGGCCUAUGACCGCAUGACUAGUAACAGUUACCUAAUCCUGGACUACGGCACGUACGUGCACUGUUUCACGAACUGGCUCAUGGGGAAGAACCCCAACGGCCCCGGGCAGUGGGUGCUGGUGCCCUCCAAAGACACCCUCCCGGAGCCCCCCUUCCCUGUGGACUACAGCGCGCUCAACACCGAGCCCGCUAAGCUAGAGCCCUACGCGCCGGACAAGAAGACUAAUAGACACUCUGUUAUAGUGUAACACUGCUUCACAAACUGGCUGAUGGGGAAGAUCGCCAAUUGCACCGGCCAGUAGCUGGCUAGUGCCCUUCAAAGACAGCCCCCUUUAUCUGUUUACUACAGCGCGCUCAACACGAGCCCGCCAAGUUGGAGCCCUACGGUCCGGACAAGAAGACUAAUAGACACUUUGUUGUAGUGUAACACGAUUCGGCUGCCAUUUUAUAACCGAAGUAAACUUUCCAUGUUUUAUACAAAUGUAACGUAAGUAAUGGAGGUCAGUCCAUAGAUUUUAAGGAAGUAACGAAACUGAAAUAUGAAAUCAAACCUACUUAUAACUUUCUUUCCGAACAUCCAGGAUUUAUUUGCUCCUUACUCUAUAAUAGGUACAUAUUUGACGCCGGGCGAAGUCUAUGUAUGGGACUCAUGAUAAUAAUAAUAUUUUACGGAAAUUAUGAUAGUAAAUAAUGUGACUUACGUGAUUCAGACACUAAAAUAUGUACUUAGGUAACAGACAGAGCCCGCACACUAAUAUUUGUCACAGUUUACUCCUGCAAUUCCCACGCAAGCCACGUAAACCAUUCUUCAUCGCAAUGGCUCAUAUGUCAAAAGUAAAACAUAAUUCUACACACGUAUACAGCUGUUAUUCCCAAGAAUGAUAGUUUUUUUAAUUAUCUCACUAUAUUAUAUGAAGCUGAUUGCUGAUUGUACCUACCUAAAUACCUUUAAAACUACAAUAUUGUUUGGGCGCGAAGCCUGAUAGUUAACUACCUACAAGCGGUUUUUAAAUUCUUCUACGUGAGUCUAUAGAAAAAUGGACAUAAUUUUUAUAGCCAAUGUGGCGAUUGUAAAGUUGGGAACUUCAAAAUCCGUCGAAAGAAAGAUGAUAAAAAUAAAUAUAUUAAUUGAACGUCACUAUACACCUACACUAUAUACCUACCUAUAAUUUAAGUAGCACUGAAAAAUGUAAAUCGAAACAAAGAUAUCGAAUAGGAUCCGCACUGUAGUGCUGGUUUUCAGCGAGAAUCUAACUAAACUAACAGGCCAAUUCCAAUGGACAUUAACAUAUCUGAUUGACGUCCUCUUUUAGUUAUCGUGCGUCUCGCUCGCUCCAAUACAGCUAAUACAGGCUCGAAGAAAUGCACGAUAUUUGAAUGGUAUUCUUUACAUGUCCUAAUUACAUUGUUAUUUUUUU